GGAAGUAGCCUCCUAUUGGCCAGCUCCUCUGUCCAUCAACACAGCCUCCCACAGUGACAGCACAGCUUUGACAGGGCAGGUCGACCGGUCAUGAUUCCCGAGUGCUCGCGCUCCGGGGACUCGAGCAGCAGAUCCCGGUCCCAGCGCGGUCCGGCGGCUGGACCGAGCCGCGGCUUGUUGUCCCCCAUCCAGACCCGCAUCAGCGAAUCUUUCUCCGACCACUACAUCGUCAUCCCCGGCGGGGAGCUGGGAAGGGGAAAGUUUGCUGUUGUCAGGAAGUGCGUGGAGAAAUGCACAGGCCAUGAGUAUGCUGCAAAGUUCAUGAGGAAGAGACGAAAAGGCCAGGACUGCCGGAUGGAGAUCAUCCAUGAGAUUGCAGUGCUCGAGCUGGCCACAGCCAGUCCCCGGGUGGUCGGCCUCCACGAGGUCUAUGAAAUGGCUUCUGAGAUGGUGCUGGUCCUGGAGUUUGCGGCUGGAGGUGAGAUCUUCAACCGUUGUGUGUCACAGCAGGAGGAUGAGGCCUUCAGAGAGGAGGAUGUGAAGAGGCUCAUGAAGCAGAUCCUGGAGGGAGUCGCCUUCCUCCACCAGAACAACAUAGCACAUCUUGACCUGAAACCUCAGAACAUCCUGCUGACCAGCAGCUCUCCACUGGGUGACAUUAAGAUCGUGGAUUUUGGUCUGUCCAGGAUGAUCUGCAGCCACCAGGAGCUCCGAGAAAUUAUGGGAACCCCGGAGUACGUUGCCCCCGAGAUUCUUAAUUAUGAGCCCAUAAGCACAGCAACAGAUAUGUGGAGCAUUGGUGUUUUGACCUACGUCAUGCUGACAGGGAUCUCUCCUUUUGUGGGUGAGGACAAGCAGGAGACGUUUCUCAACAUUUCUCAACUCAAUGUGAACUAUGACCAGGAGGAGCUGCAGCAACUGGACCAGGCCGCCCUGCCCUUCAUCCAGAUGCUGCUCCGCAAGCAGCCACAGGAUCGAGCCACAGUGGAGCAGUGUCUCAAACAUCCUUGGCUUCAGUCCUCAGACUCUCAGGAAAUCCACCCAGUGGAGGAGAUCCUCCCAGUGGAGGUCCAGGUGGCAUCCAGCACCACCAUUAGCUCCACCAGUAGCCCCGAACCUCCCAGCAGCACAACCACACCCGAGGAAGAGGAAGAAGGCCCAGUGACGGAGGAGCUGAUAGUUGUGGCUGCCUACACUCUGGGCCAAUGCUGCCAGUCGCCCACCUCAGAGAAAGAGGUCCUCACCGCUGAGCAGGAGGCCAUCUCCAAACGCUUCAGGUUUGAUGAGCCCUUUAGUGCCCUGCAGGAGGUCCCUGGGGAGUUCAUCUACUUGACCCCAUUCACCACAAGCAUCUCCAACGUCUGACAGUCCUGUCUGAGGAGGAAAAGUUUUUUCACAGUAACAAAGCAAACCUGGUUAUCCAAACUCCUCCAUAUAUUCUCAGAUGCUGUUGCCCAGUCAAUCUGAUUGUAUUUAAGCAGCUGGAUUUUAAUUGCAUAUUUGAAGUACUACUCAUAUAUUUCUCCCCUAAGGUAUCACUUUGCUUGAUACCAACCCACCCCUACCUAUUAAAACAACUACAGUAUGUUUGUCACUUGUAUUUGAUUUGGUGUGCUAUAGUUUUCUUUUUCUAUGAAUAACUGGACGAGUGUAGACAAGGGUGACACACUGAGGCAUUUCCAUAUACUACUGUUAAGUUUAGGAAUUGAAAUUUGAGGAGUGAAGACUUCUCUCUGGACCAGCUUUCAACAGUGAAACAGGGACAAAUCCAGAACAGAAGAGGCAUCUGAACCCAAAUAGCCAGCUUCUGAACUGGGCCUUUAAUCAAACAUGCAUGCAAAAUGCUCAGCCACACUUUAGAUCUCAGUAGAUACCGGGGAUUUUACCACUCACAAAAUCUUGACACAUAAUAACCCUAUUUUUCUCAGUGGGAUUUACUUUUUUGUUGUUGUUGUUGUCGUAUAAAGCCUCAGUAUCGAAUAAAGAAAACUGUUACAAAAUGGA